UCCAUCGGUCCGCAGGAGCACUGUGCCACACUUCGGGGCAUUUCAAUCAGACGAAUUCGUGAACGUAACCGACACCGAGCAUCCAGAAGAGAUUGAUCAGCCGCCGGUUCAUCUGAUCGAUAAUGUGACUUGAAUUACUCAGUGCAAUCAGUUCGUCACGCUGCUAAAAAUAUAAAAAAAAUAUUUAUAAGAGAAAGAAAAACCAAAUUAAUAACAUCAAAUAACGUGCAAUGAAAGUGAACGAGCGUCUCCUCUCACUGCGUUUGUAGUGCACUUAUAAAGUAUCCAAUUAAAUGGGACUCCGGCUCCGGCUGCGGCUCCUCAGACAACAAUAACAGAAAAAUACCUGCCGGGGGGCAAUAAAAAUAAUAGCAGCUUUGUGUCAAUAAAACAAUGCGAAAUGUUUUGAUAUGAAAGCGGAGGACUGCGCAGGAAAGCGAUUGCAUUAAUUAACCGGACGUGCAACUGGACACAAUGACCGCAGCUGGGCCGCGCUCCUGCUCCACCAACUCCAGGGAUAUGGCAGGAUAUGGCUGGGCCUAGGCGGGCUGCUGCCGGAGAUAGCCACACUCGAUUGAGAACCCAACUGGCCGAUCCAUGGCUGUCAACUUGCAGCUGAAUAAUUUAAGCGUCAUUUAUCCAUCGCUCAUGUAUGUGGCCGCCUCCUCUCCCUCCUCUCCCUCCUCCCUUCGGGGAUUGGGCCUGGGAGUGGGUGGUCUGCCGGAGAACAUAUCCAUCGUGUACGAGGAUGCGGCCAACGGGACGGGUGGAGGCAGUGGAUAUCCCAGCGGCCCGAACGGAACGGAUGCAGUGGCUCUCACCGAACCCGGACCCACGGCACCCGUGACCACAUUUAAUUACUACAACGAGUCGGCAGCGGCCGCCGAGUGGGCGCACUUCUACGACCUGGUGCUCUCCUGGCAGGGCAUCAUCCUGAUUGCCGUCUUUGCCACCUUCAUCGUGGUCACCGUCAUCGGGAACACCCUGGUGAUACUGGCCAUAUUGACCACUCGCCGGCUCCGCACCAUUACCAACUGCUUUGUGAUGAGCCUGGCGGUGGCCGACCUCCUCGUGGGCAUCUUCGUCAUGCCCCCCGCCGUCGCCGUCCAUCUCAUAGGCUCGUGGCAACUGGGCUGGGUGCUCUGCGACAUUUGGAUCUCCCUGGACGUGCUCCUCUGCACGGCCUCCAUUCUCAGCCUGUGCGCCAUCAGUGUGGACAGAUAUUUGGCCGUGACCAGGCCGCUCACGUACUCCCGUAAACGGCGCUCGAAACGAUUGGCCCUCAUCAUGAUCCUAAUCGUCUGGCUGCUCGCGUUGGCCAUCACCUGUCCCCCCAUGCUGGGAUGGUACGAGCCAGGACGAAGGGACCUCCGCGAGUGCCGAUACAACCAGAACGAGGGCUACGUCAUCUUCUCGGCCAUGGGCUCCUUCUUCAUACCCAUGGCAGUCAUGAUUUAUGUGUAUGCAAGAAUUUCCUGUGUCAUUGCAUCCAGGCACGACAAUAUGACCGACAUAAGUGUUCACAACAAGAAAUUCAAGCGCUACACGGCAGCGGACGUAGAGAACGAGCUGUCGGAGCAGGAGCAGCACAGCUCGGUGGGGCAGCGCCAGAGACAGGCCACAUCGAGGACCUUCUCCAACCAGACGAUAGCCAAGGAGCUGCACGACAUGAUGCUCAGCGACAGCGACAACUGUGCGCCAGUGGGCGCUGGAGGAGCAGGAGGCGCUGCAGGAGGAGGAGGAGGAGGAGGAGGAGGAGGAGGUGGUGCCACUGGCGGCACCCACUGUCAAUCCCUGCUGGCCCUUCCCUCCGGCGGAGGAGGCGCCUCCAUGGGUUGCGCCAAGAAUGGGUGCUACGAACUCACACGACCCUCCUCGCUGAAGCGCGCUUCCACCGCCUCCACGACCAUUACCACAAUGACGAGUGGCAUGGGGCCGGGCAGCAGUCUCCUGGACGCGCAGUGGCAGUCCCAGCCGCCGGCUCACACGGGACAGUCGCAGGCCCACUCCCUCUCGCAGCCACCGCGAACACACAGCUUUAGGCAUUCGCAUGGGGAGCGGGAGCGGGAGAGGGAGAGGGAGAGACUGAGGAGCCAUCACCACCAUCCGCAUUAUCAUCACCAGGCGGGCGUGACCACCACAUCGAGCAGCGGGAACACCAGCGGAAACACCAACAGUAAAUCGCUGUCCAAUCGCAUUACGUCGCUGAAGAAGGAGAACAAGACCACCCAAACCCUGAGCAUUGUGGUGGGCGGCUUCAUCGCCUGCUGGCUGCCCUUCUUCAUCAACUAUCUGAUCACCCCCUUCCUGGCCGAGCACCAGGCCAGCCAAAUGCUGGCCAAGGCCCUCACCUGGCUGGGAUGGUUCAACAGCGCCAUCAAUCCCUUCAUCUACGCCUUCUACAGCGUCGACUUCCGGGCGGCCUUCUGGCGCCUCACCUGCAAACGCUUCUUCAGCGCCGGCCAGAAGCCGCAGUUCCCCACGAACACCAUGUCCAUCAGGCGAUAGAGUUGGACUGGACUCGCCCGGAAGGACAGGACGGCAACCCUUCGAGCCCUGAACAAAUUGCCCCGCAUAACAUAUUAUUAACAUAUUCAUUAACUUUAGACGCGUCGGCGGCGAAGAAGGUGUGGUCCCUAAUUGCACCCACAGUCCAUGUGUAAUUGUUCUCCAGUUUCUCGUAUAGUUUAUUUCAUCGUCAGGGUUUGCUUCCGAUUCUGGAUCAUUUUGCACUUAGGAGACGAGCCUCGCCCACCAGGAAUUCCACUGGUUUCAGUUGACCUUUCAGAAAUGCCAGGCCAUUACAGCAUUUUCAAGCAGUCUAUAGGGAAACGUCUUACCGCAGACACUCAACUGAUUUAACAUAACAAUCGGCAUCUUUCUUGACUCAGAACACAAAUAAUAUCUCUAAUUUGUUUGUACGCAUAAAAGGUUUUUAUCAUAUUUACUUCCAAAUUUUCCUAAGCUUCGAGAUAAACACUUCCACUGUUGCGAAAAUUUAUGGAAAU